AUGGUUGAUUACAGCAAAUGGAAAGAUAUUGAGAUUUCAGAUGACGAAGAUGAUACUCACCCAAAUAUUGAUACUCCAUCAUUAUUCAGAUGGAGACAUCAAGCACGUGUGGAGAGGAUGGAAGAGCAGAAAAAACAAAAAGAAGAAUUGGAGCGUAUUAAGGAGCAGACAGUCUCAAAGGUAGAAGAAACUAAGAAGAAAAUAGCAACGCUGGAGAAGGAGCAGGCCAACCCUGAAGAUCUGAAUACCUUGAAAAAGUCUCUGCAAGAGUUGGAGCUGGAGGAGCAAAAGGUCAAGGCUAAAGAAGACGAGCUGAAGAAGAAAGAAAAAUUAACACCCUGGAAUGUUGACACUAUUGCACAGGCUGGGUUUACCAAGACUGUUAUAAAUAAAAAACCACGCAGGCGACCGGAUGAGGAGGAACAGUCGCUGCCAGAUGAUGUCAGAGAAUUGAAGAUGAAGGAGUUUGUCAAGACCAAUGAGAAGAGCUUGAAGAAAUUUGGAAUGCUGAGACGUUAUGAUGACAGUAAACAGUAUCUUCAGGAAAAUUCGCACCUUGUUUGUGAAAAUACGGCUAAUUAUUUGAAACACGAGCUGAUGGAGCAUGUCGCGCAUCAAUGCAUCUGUAUGCAAUAUAUCUUAGAAUUAUCCAAACAACUGGACGUGGAUCCUCGCGCUUGUGUUGGUUCCUUCUUUAGUAGGAUUCAAAUAGCCGAUGUGGAGUACAAAAAGUCGUUCGACGACGAACUCGAGGCCUUCAAAGAGCGAAUCAGAAAACGAGCUCAAGAAAAAGUCGCUGAGGCUCUCAAAGAGGCUGAAGAGGAAGAGAAAAAAGCGAGGCUUGGACCAGGUGGUUUGGACCCUGUUGAAGUCUUUGAAAGUCUACCUGAGCCAUUGCAAAAAUGCUUUGAGGCUCAGGACAUACCUCUGCUGCAGCAGACUAUUGCCGCGAUGCCAGAAGACGAAGCUAAAUACCACAUGCGAAGAUGCAUUGACAGUGGUCUCUGGGUUCCUGAUGCCAAGUCUAAGGAGAGUGAAUCUUCUACAAGUGAAGAUAAACCUGAAGUCGCUACACCUACACCUGAUCCAGAAUAA